CCUGCAGAAACCAGCCGAGCGAAAGUGAGGACAGUCAGAGGGAAAGAUGGUGGCUGUGAGAAACAUGCAGAGACUUUGGGGACUCGGUGUGAGUGCAAUCCGUCAACACGCAGCUCUGAAAACAAGCAGGGUGGUGCAGCAGAAAGCUUUCCGACUCAAUGCAGCUCAUUGCCAGCAGUCUUAUGAUUCAUCCAUGGAGAAACCUCAGUUUCCCGGGGCCUCGGCAGAGUUUGUCGAUCACCUGGAGUUCAUCCAACCCAACGUGAUCUCUGGAAUCCCUGUGUAUAGAGUCAUGGACAGACAGGGCCAGAUUAUCAACCCAUCUGAGGAUCCACAGCUCUCUAAAGAUACAGUGUUGAACUUCUACCAAAAGAUGACACUCCUCAACACGAUGGAUCGCAUUCUGUACGAGUCUCAGAGGCAGGGCCGUAUCUCGUUCUACAUGACCAACUAUGGUGAAGAGGGCACUCACAUCGGAAGCGCCGCAGCCCUCAACUCCGAUGACCUCGUGUUUGGACAGUAUCGAGAAGCAGGAGUGCUGAUGUACCGCGGUUUUCCUCUGGACCUGUUCAUGGCACAGUGUUAUGGAAAUGCUGAUGACGUGGGGAAGGGCAGGCAGAUGCCCGUCCACUACGGAUGCAAAGAACACCACUUCGUGACCAUUUCGUCUCCUCUGGCCACUCAGAUUCCUCAGGUGGCGGGAGCGGCGUACGCUAUAAAGCGGGAGAACAGUAACCGGGUGGUGGUCUGUUACUUCGGGGAGGGAGCUGCCAGCGAAGGAGACGCUCACGCCGGCUUCAAUUUCUCCGCCACGUUGGAAUGUCCGAUCAUAUUCUUCUGCCGCAACAACGGCUACGCCAUAUCCACCCCCACCCACGAGCAGUACCGCGGCGACGGCAUCGCUGCUCGAGGACCAGGUUAUGGCAUGCUGUCUAUCCGUGUGGACGGGAACGAUGUGUUUGCUGUCUACAACGCUACCAAGGAAGCACGGCGCAGAGCAGUGGCCGAGAACCAGCCUUUCCUCAUCGAGGCCAUGACUUACAGGAUCGGCCACCACAGCACGAGUGACGACAGCUCGGCUUACCGCUCGGUGGACGAGGUGAACUACUGGGACAAGCAGGACCACCCCAUCUCACGCCUCCGCCACUACAUGAGCGCGCGUGGCUGGUGGGGCGAGGACGAGGAGCGCGCCUGGAGGAAGCAGUCGCGCAAGCUCGUCAUGGAAGCCUUCGAAAAGGCCGAGCGGCGUCUCAAACCGAACCUGGAGUUAAUUUUCACCGACGUCUAUGACGAAAUGACCCCGGGCCUCACCAAACAGAGGGAGAGCAUGAUGAGGCACCUGCAGCAGUACAAGGAGCACUACCCAGUAGACCUGUAUGAAAAGUAAUCACUACGAUUCGAUUUUAGUCAGUUCCCCCCGACACUUCAGUUCAGGGGGAUUUUGAUGAUCUGAAACAGAAGAGAUGAUAUUCAUAGUGUUUGAAUCCUUAAGCACAAUUACUUUCAUGUAGAUACCUCGGUUUGAUUUAAAUCUGCGAAAAUUACGAGUUACACAUCGAAUUUUUUUCCAUUUUGAAAUGCGAGAAAUCGAUUCGAGACUUUAGCAUUGCGCAUACAGAUAUUUCCGUUCAAACUUCCCAGACUCAAAGAUGGUGUGUGUGUAUAUGUAUAUGUAUAUGUAUAUGUAUAUGUAUAUGUAUAUGUAUGUGUGUAUGUACAUACAUACAUCUGCCACUAGUGGCCACUCUGUAGUGCCUUUUAUGAUUGGACACUACUGGGGCAUGGCAGGAGGAAGCGAGGCUUUGUCUCGAUCAGGAUAUUUUACUAUUCAGUCCACACCGAAUAUCACGGUUUAACCCGGGCUUUUAAAUGUGAUUCUCUCAACAGUUACAAAUGAAUUCUAAUACUGUACAUCUACAGCUGAUCUACUUGAGCUGUAUAUACACCUUCACUGUAACCUCGCUACAGAAGAACAGCAAAUUUGGAGUCACUUAUUAUCAUAGUCACUCAUAUAUUAUAGUUUCUUUUUCAGUGACUCUCUUGCACAUGUGGGAGGAUUGGAAUAAAGUCAUUAGGCAUUAUUUCUGGGAGUUUUUGUUCUGUCGAUGGGGAUUGUAUAAGCUGUUUCAUGGUGGGUUGAUGUAGUCCGUGUCCUUUAGUAUGGCGUAUGAAUUUGAAGGAAACGUAUUGUUUUUUUUUUUUAAACAGAAGUGCUGCUCCGUCACAUUUUCCUUUACUGUUACAUUAUAUUUGGGAUGACUUUUUUAGGUCAGAUGUUUAGGGGGAUUUGUUGAUUGUUUGAAAGAGUAAUAAAAUGCUUGUGAAACAAUA